CGCAACAGCAGAAUCAAAGGAGCAGACGCCCCUUUGAGACUGAUCCCCACCGAAGCAGUUUCUACCUGCAAUUUAAACCUUCUGGUGGUUUAGUACGAUGUGCCCUCAUUGCGCUGCGCUACCUUGACUAAAUGCUUAUAUUAUUAGCCUGUUACAGUGAUUUUACAGCGUUAAACACCAACUGAAAAUCACGGUACAUGAUGCAUUUGCUGCUGUGGUUAAGCGCCUGUUUCUGUGUCGGCUUCCCUUUUGAAAUUUAUUUGAAGAAGGACUAUGGAAACAUAUUCAGCACAGAGCUAUUUGGGUGGAUCUACUACAUCGAGUUCACUCCUAAUUCCGGCUCCAAUCAGACGAUCCUGUGGAGUCGGGAUGCUCCUCAGGCCAAUUUUGAUGACAGACGGAGAACAGAGGGCAAUAACUUCAUUAUUUACAACUUGACCCAGAGAGAUAGUGGCCUGUACGUUAUGAAGGACGACAGGAAUCAACCAAAGUCAAACAGAAGAGUUGAGGUAGUAGCAAAGAGAAAGAAUUUGAACCUGCAGUAUUUUGACGGUAUUUCCCUCACCUCUGAGCUGGAUCCUAGCAUUUGCAACAUUUACUUCUUGCCAGAGAGCGGUCCGCAGGUAGAGAUAGUUCGUCAUGGACAGCUGCAGGACUCCAAUGAAUCAAAAUGUAAAGGAUUUAAACUUUUGGAGCCAUGUGGGCUCGAAAAGACCUUCUAUGGGUCAUGCGUUGGACAGUUUCAGGUGAGAGAUAAUAAUAACGACACCGCCCUGGUGAUGUUUGUGGAACAAAAGCCCCUGCUUCCCAAAUCCGCCAUCUGGAGUUUAGCUGCUCUUGGCUGCACAAUUAUGUCUUGUUUGCUAAGUGUCUGCUGCUGUAAAAUGAAGAAGAAAAGGGAACAAGUUGACGAUGAAGAAGAACCUGCCGCAAACGACAAGAUGGACCCUGAAUCUGUUGCACUGCAGUCAAACCAAGUCUCCGUGCCCUCUAAUUGAUCUGCAGACUCACUGCUGGCAGUUCAGAUGGACAUCAGAAGUCUCAAUUUGACAUGAAGGAAAUCGACUCUGACGUGCUCCGCUUUGAUGGUUACACCACUAAGAUGCUCAGUUUCUUC